AUGGCGGUGGAACCUUCGAGGGAAGAUGAUGAGCAGCAUUCUUUAGUAACAAGGUCGGGCUCAUCUGAUCGCAGGGUGCAAAAAAAACCAUCACUUACUCAUAGUACAGGUCAUGUAAAGCAUACGGGCGAUGGCGAUGGCGAGGUUGUGAGGGGUAUGAGUUUAAAUGCGUACUCUUUGAAGCCCACGACGGUGCCGCCGUUUGCGCUUGACGCUCACUUCAAGAGAUUGAAGUUGAAGGAUUCAGCAAUGCUCUCGAAGGAUAAGGUGACAUCCGGUACGCAACGGUUUAAGGACCCAUUUCUAGUUUCUUAUGAUUCUCAAUGGAACGAGUUUGUUAAUAAUAUUGAUGCGGAAGGGAGACACCCUAAGCAAAGGACAAAAAACUCCGUUUCGCUGCACCCCCAGAGUGGUACUAGUACAUCUUCUACGAGCAGCUUGUCUUCUAUAUCUAAAAUGGAGAAGAUGCGGGCUAUUACACAACAACAUCACCAUCACCAUCAUCAGCAACAGCAGCUUAGCCCGAACAGGAGUUCAAGUCUAAGCAUUCUCACUGAUUUAGAGAGUAAUUGGGGUGGUGAGGAACGUUUAAAUGCUAUAUUCGAGGCCCCAAUUCUACAUGACUAUGAAUUUAAGAAUCAAAAAGACAGAAAUGAGUGGACAAAGUAUAUAAGCCAGUUGAAGCAUUUCUACUACGGAAGCAUAUUCAAGGGCAGCAAUUCCCGGAACGUUAGCCUUGAAUCUGAUGAUGAUGAUGAUGAUGAUGAUGUUGGAAGACUUCAGGCUUUUAUGGAAAAACAUAAACUAGAAUUUAGACGCAAGAAACAGUACUGGUUGCAGUUUGAACAGCGUAAAAAACAACAGUGGGGACCCAGUUUCCGCAAAUUGUUGCUAGAUAACCAAUACUUACCGCUUUCAUUUAGAUUGAUCAUAAUAAUGCUUACAUGCGUAGCGUUAGGUCUUGCUGUCAGAAUAUUUGAAAAUUCACAUCAUCGGCUACAGGAUAGGACAACCAAUGUUCCUCAGCAACCUAGCACCAUAAUGGCGAUCGUGGUAAAUACAGUAGCCAUUGUCUAUUUGAUCUACAUUGCAUAUGACGAAUUUUCUGGCAAACCGCUUGGUCUACGAAACCCAUUAGGUAAAAUGCGAUUAAUCCUUCUAGACCUUCUAUUCAUUAUAUUUUCCAGUGCCAAUUUAUCAUUGGCUUUCAACACAUUGUAUGACAAGACAUGGGUGUGUGCAGGAGACGAUGAUUCUUCAGCUAUGGUCCCCAAGAUUGAUUACAUCUGUCGAAAACAGCGCGCCUUAUCGGCGUUUUUAUUCUUGGUUCUUUUCAUGUGGGUCAUCACUUUCACAAUUAGUAUACUUCGGGUGGUGGAAAGGGUAAGUUCUACAUCUCCCAGGUAG